AACAGCAGAGUAACAUAACAGAUUAAACUCAAAGGAAUCACUCCUCAUUUCGAUACUGUUUGUUUUUCAUCCAUUUGAAAUAAGUGAUAACAACAAAACGGAAGACAUACCACUUUGUUGAUCUAUAUAUGUUUUUUUUAUUCUUCGUAAUUUUUCUUCAGACUGACACUUUUUUAGCGUCUGGUUUAAAUGACUAUUGUAACAAGUAAUUUUAACUCCUCCUGAAAAAAAUAAGCCUUGUCAGUGUUAAAAAAAACAAAACCCUCAAUGAUCAUAUCCUGGAUUAUUAGAUUAUGAAUUCAAAAUUCAGGAUAUCAAUAAAUGUAGACGUAAAUAACUAGGCAGCAUCAGGGCCGGUGACACAGAAAGCUGGCUCUGUCAUCGGUGUCAAACUGGACACUUUUGAGGCUGUGGUGGAGAGGACAGAGGAAGACACUGACCCAACUGUUGUCCAUCAUGGAUAACCCCACCCUCUCCACCUGCAGCUGGACAUACAGUGGAGCUCUUUCUCCAACAGACUGCUCCAGCUCAGCUGUCACAAGGACAGGUACAGGACAACAUUCCUGCCCACUGCAAUAACUGUACAACAAAUGGCUGUGGAUCUGGCUGCAGAGACUCUCUGCUCCACGGCUUGUAGUGUCUCCUCUUCCAUAACCCAGAAUGAUUUGCACUGCACAACAGCUAUUAUCAAAAUUAUGAUGUAUAUGCAAUCCAAUGUCUUAUCUAUUGUGAAUUCGUAUACCUGCUCCCCGUGUCAAUUAGAACUUUACAUUUUAAAUGUUUAUGCUUACUAUUCAUAGGCCUACUUGCCGCUACACAUUUUUAAUUCAUGUAGCUGUUAUGCCUGACACUGCUGCAGGAACAAUUUAUUUUUCCCAUGAAACGCUCUCACACACCCGUGAAAAUAUAUAUAUAUAUAUUGUUCCAGCCCGGACAAUUUACGAGGGUGGACUAUAUUCAGAGCGCUUCAAUCCUUCAGACCAAUGACAGAGGGGGUGUGUGCAUGGACCUGUAAAGAGAACAGGUGUGUGUUCUGCACUUGUUAUCGGAGAGAUACUGACAGCAGAUCCCGGCUCUGCUCGUCUGUUCUGGGCCAUGGACCGGAUCACCUUCCACCAUGACACCGUUCUGUCAGACAUGCACAUGCUGCUGCCCAAUGCCCGCCACCUCAUGACCCGCCUCAACUCUGUAGGCCAGCCCGUCUUCAUUUCUAAAUUCAAGAUCCUGUCAGUUGGGGAAAGACCUGACGGCGAUGACCCAGACAAAGGUGUUCCAGAGGCGGGGGGGGGCCAUAAACGAAAGGAAGAGGACAAAAAAGUCAGAAAAGACAUACAAAGUCAAGAUGGAGAGGAGGGGGGGGAAGGCGAUGAGGAACCUUUCCUGGAUGAGGAUGGAGACCUGCACAUCACACACCGGCCGAGAAGGAACUUUACGGAGGGAAGCGGCCGAGACCUGGUGUGUCCCAUCAUCCUGCAGCAGGCCGACCCUGAGCGGGAGCCAGAAGAGGAACAGUCAGAGGAUGAAGAGGAUCAGGCCUUCCACGACAUUCUUAAGAUUGAACACACCAUGGCCACAACCCUGGAGGAUGUAGGCAAACAGGUGUGGCGGGGGGCCUUCUUCCUGGCAGACUUUAUCCUCUCCAGUGCUGACCUGUUCAGAGGAGCCACAGUCCUGGAGCUGGGAGCGGGAACAGGCCUCACCAGCAUCGUCGUGGCAACCAUCUGCAAAACGACCUUCUGCACAGAUGUGGGAGAGGACCUUCUAAGCAUGUGCAAGAAAAAUGUAACAUUAAACAGACACCUGACGGAGGCUGCAGGUGGGGAUGCGAGAGUGAGACAGCUGGACUGGCUUCAGUAUGACCUUUGUACAGAUGCUGACGUGGAGUUCAGCUGGACAGAGGAGGAAGUAGAAGACCUGUACAGCAACACUGAGAUCAUCAUCGCUGCUGAUGUUAUCUAUGAUGAUGACCUGACAGACGGUCUGUUCCGGACUCUGUACCGGCUCUGCAGCAGCUUCUCUCACAGCUGCUCCAUCUUCAUUUCCAUAGAGAGGAGGAUGAACUUCACCCUGAGAAACAUGGACGUUUCCUGUGAUGCCUACAAGCACUUCAGCCGCUGCCUGUCCCAACUGCAAGCCCUGCAGGACGGGCGCUGCAGCUUCACAGUGGAGCGGCUCCCUGCAGACUUCUCCCAGUUCUUCCUGUAUGAACGCAUAGAGCAGCUGGAGCUGUGGAAGGUGACCUCCACUCCCCUGCCGUCUGAGCGCCCCCCCCCUGGUUCUGCCUGUUGUAGUAGUGUGAACAAUGAGCCCCCCCCACAUGUCACCAUUCAAAGCUCCUGUUAGGAGUUUGCUAAAUAAGUAGAAUGAAACAAUUGCAGAACCGAAACAAAAAAUGAAUAUAUUUUAUAUGGGACUUCUAAGAAAUUGAUAUUUAUUGGUUUCAGGAAUUUAAAAUAACUUAUUUUUUAGGAAAUGGAAGUUCUCCAGGUUUGCAAUGAGGAGCUUCCGGUCCCUGGAUGUUUGUACAGGAACCUUUAUAUAAUGUUAAAUAAAGUUUUGCGGAACACUUACCCUACAA